AGUCACGUCCUUGCUUAGGAUCUAAAACACCCACCGGUUCGAUCUAGCCGGGUAUUCAAGAGAAUCCAGCCUGCACCAUGACAAGAAGUGGAAAGUACCGGAGACGCCAAACCGGCCAUCAUUGUCAUAGUGUCGCAUACUCAUUGCAACCUUUUCUCCCCAGUUACGGGGCACAAUAUCCGGUAUUUCCGAGACCCAUUUCUUCGGUGCCACCUGGUUCGAUGCCUUUUCCACAUGGCUUUAUACCCCUGGCGCAUGAUAGACUUCCUCCCAGCUCAUUCUUGUGUCCGCAGCCAUCGGGGACUCCUCCUGUCUGGAGCCCUGGACCAAUCCCUGAUUUUUACAGCCAGCAUGAAGACUCUGGGAUGAUGAGGAACGGAAAUCAUGCCCCCAACACUUUUACUCCAAGACAGACUCCUCUACCUUCUCGACCAACCCAGGCGGGCUAUUCCAACCAACAUGAUCGACCUGUCCAACCCAUUCCACAAAUCCAGCCUGGCCAGCCGUUCCCCCCUGUCCAGUCCGUUCAACCGCUGCCACAGUUUCAGCCGUUUCACCCAAUCCUGUCAGGCCAAUCUACUCGAUCAAGCCAACAUAGCCAGCUGCUCCAUCCCCCUCCAUACCUUCGACCUGCCCCACCCAUUCCAUAUUAUCCAUAUCAACCUGUUGCUGCACCUGCUAUGCCCUGCGUCGCUCCGGUAUCUUCCUACCAAGCAUAUCCGAUGCUCUGGGGGGUUGGCGUUUGGAUUGUGAGUGAAGCUGUAGAGAGGGAGAUGUUUUCUUAAGCAUAGCAUACAAUGGGAUUGUUCGAUAUAAACCGUUAGUAGUUUACUCUGUACCUGGUGUCAGUGUCGAUUAGGGUUGAUUCCGGAUAUAUUCCGGAGGCGGAUGGCCAAUCAGGACAGAGGCCCCAAAAAUGAGAGCGGAUACAAGAGAUUAAACUGCCUCGGGAAAGGAUGUCCGCAACGCCUGCCCGAACGGGUUUAGG